CGCUCAGCCCAGCGUGAGCGGCACCUGCUAGUCCGGGCUCGCCGAGGAGGCCGCCUCGCCGGGCUCCCACCGCCGCGCCCGCCCGAGCGGCUCAGAGGGCUUCGAGGGCUCCGAGGUCGCCCAGCAGCCGCGGUCCCCCGGCCGCCUGCAAGUCCGCCCGGCUCCGAGUCACGUGUCAGUGCCCGAGGCAGAGACUGAGAAAAAAACGCGCUUCAUUCCUUCUUCCACCGCCAUACUGUAUUUUCCUAAAUCUCAUUUUUAUUCCAACAUUUUACUCCCGCUCGGUGAGUACCUUCUCGGUGGCAUUCUUGUCCUAUUCUUUUUUUUUCCUUUUUUUUUUGUUUUUGUUUUUUUUUCUUCUUCUUUUUUUUUCUUCCCACUUCUUUGAUUAUUGUUUGUAUUUGGGAAAGCUGACGAGCAUGGUCUUAAGCCUUUUCCUGAAUCAAGUUUUCCUAGCAUGCGAUGGUUCUCUAGACAAGGCGCUGUGUCUGGGAGUCCGCGGCAGCGGUGCUCUCUGCGAGCGGCUCCCAAGUCCAGCAAAAUGUGCAACUGGUUUUAUGGAAAAAGCGUUGUGAAGUAUGGUGCCUAUUUUUUUCCCUUUGUAAAGAUAAGAAAGCAUGUUUCUAACUCUUUUUAUACGUACUCUUUUUCCGAUUGCAUUUUUGUGUAGGUGGGAUUUUCCAGCAGUGUUCACAAGUUUGUCGUCUUGCAAUUCGAUUCGCACCACUGAGCAAAGACAUUAAUUUUGCAUUUUUAUGACCUUUUUGGAAGCCUGUGAGAAAUAUUUCGUUUUUUCCCCUCCUGUUUUUGAUAUCAGUUGAUAACAUGAAACUUUUCUUGCAGCUAGUUAAAGGGAUUAUUUUUAAGCAAUUGCUUUUUUCCUCCUUUACAUUAACUAUUACUUUUGCACAUUUGACUUUUUUAUUUUAAAAAAACCCGAGAUAAUUUUAUGAUAGAUAUCCUGAUAUCUAUAUUAUCCCUUCUUCCUCCUUCUCCCCUCCCCGUAAAUCAAUUUUCAAAUGAUGGCAGUGGAAGGUUUUUCUGGAAAAAAAAAAAAAAAUGAAGUGCGGUUUGGUUUCCUUGUCAACGGAGGAUGAAGUGAACAGCACAACAGCUCGCAGAGAGCAGGAUUAAAACAAGGUGAACCAACCAUGACGGGCAAAACCCAAACAAGCAACAUUACCAAUAAGAAUGACCCCAAGUCCAUCAACUCCAGGGUUUUCAUCGGCAAUUUGAAUACAGCCAUCGUCAAAAAGGUCGACAUUGAAGCUAUUUUUUCAAAGUAUGGAAAAAUCGUUGGCUGCUCCGUUCACAAAGGGUAUGCUUUCGUUCAGUACAUGAGUGAGCGUCACGCAAGAGCUGCGGUGGCUGGAGAAAACGCCAGGGUCAUCGCAGGCCAGCCCCUUGAUAUCAACAUGGCAGGGGAACCCAAACCCUACAGACCAAAGCCUGGAAGUAAGAGGCCCCUGUCUGCGCUUUACAGGCUUGAAUCAAAGGAGCCAUUCCUGUCUGUUGGUGGUUACGUAUUUGACUACGAUUACUACAGAGACGAGUUCUACAAUCGGCUGUUUGAUUACCACGGCCGUGUACCUCCACCUCCUCGAGCUGUCAUUCCACUCAAACGUCCCAGAGUGGCUGUCACCACAACACGCAGGGGCAAAGGCGUCUUUUCCAUGAAGGGGGGAUCCAGAUCUACUGUUGGUGGUUCAUCUUCAUCAGGCUCUAAGUUGAAAUCAGAUGAGUUACAGACAAUCAAGAAAGAAUUAACCCAGAUCAAAACUAAAAUUGACUCCUUGCUGGGGCGCCUGGAGAAGAUUGAGAAGCAGCAAAAGGCAGAAGCAGUUUCUACAGAUAAAGUGAUAUGAAGUAGUGUACAAUAGUGAAAACGAAGAAAAGAGAAACUGUGCCAUGUGGAAAAAUGAGAAAGAUGGUUUCACAAUGGACAGCAACAUCUCCAAUUCAGUUUACAUAAAAGCUCCAAUCAUAUGGACAGUGUUGUUCACUUUCAGAAAUACCAUUUCUUCUGUGUUCCAAGCUGUACAAUUGUUGUUUUAUGGUUUACAUUGUAAAUGUGUAUUCCAUCUUGCUUAUUAUUUUUUUAAGUCUUAAAUUGUGAAGGAUGUUAAUGAGUGGUGAGAGAGACACUGUAUACAAAUGUAUAUUUGUAAAAGCUAUUUUUAUGAUUAGCAUGUGUCAUUGUUGAUCACAUCGUCAUGUGGUGUUGCAAUUCUACAUUUAAAGCUUGUAUCCAACAAUGUCAUAGGGAAAAUAUACAUUGUAUGCUAGUUUUUAUAAUUUAAUUUCAAUUUAUAGUUUAAGGUAUCUUAGACCAUGAGGAAAUUAUUUGAAAAGCUAUAUUUCUGCCCUCUAUAAGCACCAUUUUUAUUAAUAAAGAAUGCAGUUAUUUCAGAAGUGAUACAAGAGAUUAAGGACUUUGGUUUGACCUGUGAGCAUGCUUGACACUAAUGAGCUGAAAUGAUCCAGUCAUCACCUAUUUCCUGAGUCUGACUGUGCUCUUGUGGACAGCUUUCAGUACACACGGAUGAGAAGUAGAUUGAUAAGGAAAAGAUUGUCUUGUCCUUGGAUCCAAAAGUUUAAGUUAGUGCACACCCUCUCCAUCUUCUCUCCUACUCUUCAGAAUCCUCCAUUCCCAAGCAUUGUGUAUUCCAAAUACUCUUGGCUAUUGUCUUGUGCAGUGGAAAUGGGAGAGACCAUCCCCACAGACUAUAGGCACACUCAGCACAUAAUUUCUUAAUAAAUACUGGUUCUUUUAAAACAAA